AUGAAAUCCGUCAUCGCAGAGAUCCUCCGAACCGGCGUGCGUCAUGUCCCGCUCCUUCUUCGUGUCGAGCGCGUUAUUGUCCAAGGAGGGAAGGCAGUCUCGGCUGAGGGGAGCACAGGCAGGCGCAGGCGGCGCUCAAACACCAUACAUAGGCUCUAUCUCACCGACGACGAAUUGAUCGUACAGGCACUCCUUCUGCCCGAGUUGGAUCUGGAAGUCAAUGAAGGAGAUCAGCUUCAGAUCCAUAAGUACGCGGUGCGCAAAGCAGCGCGGAAGGAGCAGACCGGGCACGUGGUCUUCUUCGGGAUUGAGGACUGUGACAACCUCACGCGAUUACGACCAGAUACGGCGGCUGCGGUGGAGGAAGAAGGUGGUUUCAUUCGCGAACCUGGGAGUGCAACGUUCACGAGCGCGCAACCGUCCACCAGGAAGCGAAGCGCUUCCUCCGUAUCGUCAGAGGACUUUGAGAACACGCUGCUGCCUCCAUCAAAGCAACCUCGUCUCGAAUCGAGUCUUGACAUUCCGUCGGACGACGAGAUGUCGACACCAGGUGCAACCCAGGAGUCGGAGGAUGACUUCGAAGCGUUUACACCCAACGCGAACAUAACACAGCAUAGACGACAGGCGUUGCGCGAGCUUGAUCCAAAUAGAUCAUUCUACUUCGAUGCAGUAACGUUCACGAAGCCGAAGCCAUCAUCGACGCCGGCGCCUGCAGCAAAGCAACCACAGCCCACGGCCGGCAAGUCACCUGCCUCCAAGCUUACGACAGCAGAUCGCGCAGGAUCGACUACCAAGGCACCAGCCUCGAUCCCAAUUCCAUCUCCAUCGCCCCCAACACCUCUCAACGCCCUCGAGAUAACGCCCCUCUCCGCCCUCCCGUCCCUCGACCCCUCAAGCCCGACCACAAUCCUCGGCAUCAUAACCUGGACCUCCCCGAACCUCCUCCGGCCCUCCCCGGCCUUCCCUCCCAAACGCCACGUCAAAAUUCACGACAUCUCCAUCGGCCACCUGUUCUCCGGCGUCAGCCUCGCCGUCUACAUUGACGCUGCAACCUUCAAGCCCCAGCGCGGCACCGUUGCCUUGCUACAGGAUGUGGUUGUGCAGCGCUGUGGAAGUGGGAGUGGGGAAGUCAAUGAGUGUUUUAUGCUGAAUGCUUAUGCGAACUUGCCGGCAAAGUUGGCGGAGAAGCAGAAGAAGGGCAUGAAUGGGGAUGGUGAUGGCGGCGGUGGUGGGAGUAGUGGUGAUGGGAAGUGGUUUAUUGAUGAUGAGGAUCAGCUGCUUGCGUUGGGACUAGAGGCAGAGGUGGAUGAGUUGAGGACGUGGUGGAAUGAGAGGGAGGCGAAGCGGGCCGGGACGGCGGCGCGGUCUACACAGAUCGCUACCACCAGGACUGAGUCGACUUUCGUCGGAGUGUAG